AUGAUUGGUAGAAGUUCCAGAGAUGCAAGUCACCAUAAUAAAAAGUUCAGAAAACUGCCAAUUACAGGAACUACUUCAAAUUCUUCACAGUUGAGCAUUUUGAAAACACCACAGCUAAAUUUAAUAGCCAUUUCAUCUAAGGAUUUGUUGUUAACACCCAUUAUACUGACCAAAUCACACUUUAUUGAUGCUUAUUCUAAAGGCAAAUGGAAUUUGUCCAAAGUCCCAUGUCCUCCGUGCAUGCUAAAUAACGGUUAUAUGAAACCUCCAGAAAGUUAUAAUGAACCGUCAAGGUUAAAUGCUGUAUCACAGUUUAUUGAAUUACCACAUUGGCAUGAAAUGACAAUUUUUAAACGAUCACUUUCAAAGUUGCGGAAAACAUUUCAGGUACCAGGGGUUGCUUUGUCAAUGAUUGACAACUACAAGUGCCACUUUAAAAUUGAAACCAUGUUAAAUACUAGCUACGUGCCAAGAUGCAUCGCAAUUGACUCACAUGCCAUACUCUCACAGGGGUAUUUUUUAUUAUUGGAUGCCACAAAGGAUUGGAGGACUCGAGCCAAUCCAUUGGUAACUAGUUCUCCUUAUAUCCGUUUUUGGUGUGGAGUUCCCUUGAUCACAUCCACCCAAGAGGUGGUUGGAGUUUUAUCAAUAUUUGACAGGUUUUCAAAAGACAACUUUAACGAAGAGAACUGUUCCGUAUUAGAAUCUGCAAGUAAAGAAAUCAUGAGUUUGUUAGAAACCCCUUUGUCAGAAAUAAUGUUCAAAUUCAGUGGAUACUCUGCAAGAACUAAUAAUACAGAUUUUGUGUAUGUGAAUGAAGACUUGAAAGACUUGCAAAAGCAAAUUGGCAGAGCAACUAGCAGUAAAUCUUCUUUGGUAUUUGAGAAAGACGGUUCAGGGGGGAGGUACUCACAAAAUAAUAAUUAUCGGUUUAUAAAGUAUGGUCCCAGUAGUAUUAAACUGGGUGUCACCUCAAAUGAACUUGAGAAUGAAGAGCUUUCGAAUGCACUUAUCAAAGAAAGAGAUUUGUGGCAAUUCUUAUUUUCAGUGGGAUCCAUGAAGAAAGCAGGUUCGGUGUUGUGCAGGAUUUUGGCAACAAAUUAUCAGUUUGAAUUGGUUUAUAUUCUUGAAAUACGGAUUGCCGAGCCGUAUCUGAUAGCAAAAGAGUUCUUUCCGGGUCAUGCAGAUAAUGUGGAAGCAGAAUCGUUCCAACACUUUAAUAAAUUGACCAAACGCAAAAACGUACAUGACGAAUUCAUGACACGAGUUAUUGGAUUUUGUGGUACUAACUUUACCACGCAACAUUUUGAAAGUUCUAUUCAUUACAAGGCAUUCAUGUCUGAGUUUGGGAUAGAGUACAAGAAUUUGAGAGGAAACUCUUUUUAUAAUCGAGGGAUAUUAUUGCCAUUUUUCAGGAACAAUUCUGUACUUGUUAAGAAAAAAAGUACAGUGGUGGACAAGAGGUUUUCGGAUGUUUAUUUACGGAGUGGGGGGUUUCUUAUUGCUUUGUUUUCUGUAAAUUUGUACAAAGAUAUCGAUAAUGACUUGGUUUCAAAUAUUUUUAAUCAUGCCAGUACAUAUAGAAAAAUAUAUAUAUGUACAUGA